AUGGAUCGCUUCCAAAUCUGCCCAGUGACCAGCGAGUACCAGAGGCUCCUUCUCCCGGUCUCCUACAGCCUCGUCUUCCUCCUGGGCCUGGGUCUGAACGGCGCCCUGCUGUGGUGCGUCUGCCGCCGGACGCGCCGCUGGAGCAGCACGGUCAUCUACCUGACCAACCUGGCCGUGGCGGACCUCCUGUACGUGCUCAGCUUGCCCGUCCUCAUCGUCAGCAACGCCAUGGGGGGCCUGUGGCCCUUCGGCAACCUCAUCUGCAAGAGCGUCCGGUUCUUCUUCUACGUCAACCUCCACUGCAGCAUGAUGUUCCUCACCUGCAUCAGCGUGCACCGCUUCAUCGGAGUGUGCUUCCCCAUCGCCGCCGUGCGCAUCAGGACCAGGAAAGUCGCCCGCUUUGCGUCAGGAUCAGUUUGGAUCCUGGCCACCACGGAGAUUGCACCCACGCUCGCUUUUGCGCACACGGGGGUGAUCAACAACAGGACCGUGUGCUUCGAAAUGACCGACCCGGCGCAGUUUAAAGCUUACUUCCCCUACGGAUUGUUUCUGGCCAUAGUGGGGUUUCUGAUCCCCUUCCUCGUCGUCAUCACCUGUUACCUCUCCAUGAUGAAGGUGCUGUACUGCAGGGCCGCGGACAGCAUCUGCAACGCCAGGACCGCCCGUACGCGCAACAAGUCCCUGUGCACCCUCCUGGCCGUGUGCUCCAUGUUCGUGGUGUGUUUCGUGCCCUACCACGUCGCCCGGACCGUCUACCUGUUCGUGAGGGUCUACAUGCCCGAGGACUGCGAGCUCGUGAACGUCGUCAUGAUCUCCUUCAAAGUGUGGAAGCCCGUGGUGAGCUUCAACAGCUGCGCGAACCCCCUGCUGUACUUCUUCGGCUCCGGGAGCCACCGGCAGAAGGUGAGGGCCUGGCUGUGGAGGAGGAGGAAGAGGGUGCAGCCCAGCGUGUGUGUGUUGGAGGCGGGAAGCACCAACAGGUCCGGAGGGUAG